AACACGAAAAAUCUCAGUCUUUGACUCAGACUCCCACCGCGUAAUUCCGAGCUAGGUUUCCAUUUCUCCGGCGAAUCGGACCUCUCUCUCGCUCUCUCUUCCAAUUUCCCCUUUUUUCGUUUCCCAGCGAUGAUUUGCAAGUAGCUUCCGCUAAUAAUCGCAACUCUCUGACGGAUGCUAUGGCAAUGGGACUUAUUCGUCUUCUUUCUAUAGCUUUUACACUUGUUCUACUUUCAAUCCUUCCUCUUCAUCUCUCUCUCGCUGAUGAGAUAACAUCUAUUGAAUCUGUACCUGACCUUCAGAAGCUAAUGUAUGUUGCUGUUGAUGGGUUUCCUUGUGUACGUCUUCUCAAUCUGUCUGGAGAGAUUGGAUGUUCAAAUCCUGGAAUAAAUAAAGUGGUGGCUCCAAUCAUAAAAUUAAAGGACGUUAAAGAUUUGGUUCAGCCACACACUAUUUUGGUUACAGCUGAUGAAAUGGAAGAUUUCUUUACCAGGGUGUCAACUGAUUUGAGCUUUGCUAGCAAAAUUGGUGGUGUUCUAGUUGAAUCAGGAUCUAAUUUCCAACAAAAGUUAAAAGGGUUUUCUCCUGAUAAAAGGUUUCCUCAAGCCCAGUUUUCACCCUAUGAAAACGUUGAGUACAAAUGGAAUUCAGCUGCAUCAAGCAUCAUGUGGAGAAAUUAUAAUUUUCCUGUGUACUUAUUGUCAGAAAGUGGCAUAUCAGCUGUGCAUGAGAUCCUUUCCAAGAAAAAGAUGAAGCAUGGAACAUAUACCAGUGAUGUUGCUGAAUUCAAUAUGGUUAUGGAGACUACCAAAGCUGGAACACACAAUUCGGAGGCUUGUUUGCAGGAGGGAACUUGCCUCCCAUUGGGCGGAUAUAGUGUUUGGUCCUCGCUUCCACCAAUCAGUGUUUCGUCUUCCAACAAUCGCAAACCAGUUGUGCUGACUGUGGCCUCCAUGGAUACUGCAUCAUUUUUCCGUGACAAAAGUUUUGGUGCAGAUUCACCAAUAUCUGGUCUGGUAGCUCUUCUAGGAGCAGUUGAUGCUCUUUCUCGAGUUGAUGGUAUUAGUAAUCUCAAAAAACAGCUUGUGUUUUUGGUUCUGACCGGAGAGACAUGGGGUUACCUUGGCAGCAGGAGGUUCUUACACGAAUUAGAUCUGCAUUCAGAUGCUGUCGCAGGCCUUAGCAAUACUUCGAUUGAAACGGUGCUUGAAAUAGGAUCUGUUGGAAAAGGUUUAAGUGGAGGGAUAAACACCUUCUUUGCUCAUAAAACAAGGGUUUCUUCAGUUACAAACAUGACACUGGAUGCUUUAAAGAUAGCUCAGGAUUCACUUGCAUCAAAAAACAUCAAAAUUCUUUCAGCAGAUACUGCAAACCCUGGAAUACCCCCAUCCUCCUUGAUGGCUUUCAUGAGAAAGAACCCUCAGACUUCAGCUGUUGUACUUGAAGACUUUGAUACCAACUUUGUGAAUAAGUUCUACCAUAGUCACCUCGAUGACUUGUGUAAGAAGAGUCACAGCCUGUCUUUCUCUUCUUUUCGCUCCAAACCCCAUUUUGCACUUUUGAUUCCUUUCUGGUGUUGUAUUGCAGCAAAUAUCAACUCCUCGUCUGUAGUAGCUGCUGCUUCUGUUGUGGCCCGAACACUUUACAUCCUAGCAAGUGACAACAAAGAUACAAGCAAUUCAGCUCUGGGAUCCAUCCAUGUCAAUGCUUCUUUCGUUGAAGAGCUUCUAACCUGUCUUUUAGCUUGUGAACCGGGCUUAUCUUGCAACUUGGUAAAAGACUAUAUUUCACCGACAAACACUUGUCCAGGCAACUAUGCUGGCGUCAUCCUCGGAGAACCUUCCUCCAAACCUUACCUUGGUUACGUCGGUGAUGUUUCUAGAUUCCUAUGGAACUUUCUGGCAGAUAAAACAUCUGUCCAAAAGGGAAAUACAACCUCAGUUUGUUCAAAAGGAGUCUGUAGCAAAACUGACGAAGUGUGCAUCAAAGCAGAGAGCAACAAGGAAGGAACAUGUGUUGUCUCCACAACCAGGUAAACUCUGUGCUUGGAAAUUGCAAUUUGGUUUGCAUGCUCAAGUUCUCUCUUAUGUCUCAAAAUGAACCAAAAUCUUAAGUCUGGUAGGCAUUUUAUAGGAAUUAUUAAUUAGGAUAGGCUUCAGAAGUGGAGUGUUUUUAGACUUGGGAGAAAGUCUAUCUUUAGUUUGUUGACCUUUGAAUUGAAGCUAUCAUCAUUUUCUUCUUCCCCUGACCUGAUAUGUUGUAUGUGACCUAACCAAUUUGCUGUCUGAGCAUAACACAUUAAGUUCUGGUUUUGGCAGGUAUGUUCCAGCUUAUUCAACUCGAUUGAAGUAUAACGAUGGAGCUUGGACAAUUCUACCACAGAACUCAUCAGAUUCUAUGGGGAUGGUUGAUCCAGUGUGGACCGAAAGCAACUGGGACACUUUAAGGGUGCAUGUGUACACAGUCCAGCACUCAGCAUACGACAAUGCAGUCCUCGUUGCAGGUAUUACAGUCACAACGUUGGCUUACAUCGGAAUUUUGGCUGCUAAGUCAAUCAUCACAAAAGCCUUGAAGCAGGACUGAGACUUGUAUUUAAUUCCCUCUCCUCUCGGCUCAAAAUUACUUGUCAGUUUCCGUAAGACAUUGCCUAACCAGCAACACCACCAAUACCUUAGUGGUAGAAACCUUUUUUCUCAACCAAGGUUAUUAAAAUAUGUCUUUGAGCUAAUUCAUGUUAAAUUCUUUAUUACACUGGCAAGAAAUUUAUAAGAAAAAAGUUUGCUUUC